CGCAAAUAAAGUUAUAGGACAAAAAAUGGCUUCUGAACCCGCAAGAAUUGCUACCAAUAAAACAAGCAACUCCUCCAAUGUGUCUUCCAUUAAUGUUCCACCAAAUGGGAGGCAAAGCCGCAAGAUUGAUAAUAUCAUAUUGGCCCCACAUUCUGAAAACAAAAUAUUGUUCUCACCCAUGGUUAAAUCCUUCCAAUUCAAUGAAUUGAAGAAUGCAACCAGAAAUUUCAGACUCGAUAGUCUUCUCGGAGAGGGAGGAUUUUGUUACAUGUUCAAAGGAUGGAUUGAUGAACAUACCCUUACCACUGUGAAACAUGGUUUCAGCAUGGUUGUUGCUGUGAAGAGAUUAAAGCCAGAAGGUUUUCAAGGUCACAAGGAGUGGCUGACUGAAGUUAAUUAUCUCGGGCAACUUCACCAUCCGAACCUGGUAAAGCUUAUCGGUUAUUGCUAUCAAGGCGACCAUCGACUACUGGUGUAUGAGUUCUUGCCCAAAGGCACCUUGAAAAAUCAUCUAUUUAGAAGGUUGUGAUUGGUUUUGGAGCUUGUAGAAUCUACUGGUGUGACCCACAGACUAACAUGCUGGUGCAACUGCUAUAUGCAAUGGUGCAGCCCCUCCAUGUCGUUAUUAGAACAUGCUGGAGCACCUGAAGUUUAUUUUCGACUUCUUUCAGGCUUAUUGUGUGUAAUUGUAUUAUAGGUUGCAUUGUGUUGUUGUGUUAUUACUUCUGAAUACGAGUGAUAUUUUACUCAUACACUUUAUCAAUGAAAAUAUUAUCUUUUUACUUGAAUGAUAAAGUUUAGAAACUAGUGUAGUAUUUUAGAAAUUGUUUAGUUUAGC